AUGAACUUUGCUUCGAUCAAAAAUGCUCUCGGACAGGUCGUUCAAUCGGCCUCGUCAAGUGCGAGGGACUUCGGUGCAUCGGUGACUGGUACGCCAAAGGCGCUCCGAGAGUACUCCCUGCAGGGUCAGACGGCAACAGGUGUGGCGCACCCAGCGGUCAGCAUAUGGAUCCUGGACAAGCGGUCGAUGGCAGAGGCAGGCGCCAGCCCUGCAGAAAUCGAGGCUGCAGCAGAGACAGCUCGCAGGGAUGCCAGCGGCCUCACUCGCCUCAAGCACCCGGCCAUUGUCAAGGUGGUGGAGUCAUUGGAGGAGACGCGCACGCAGCUGUUAUUAGUCACGGAGCCCAUCUUUGCAUCUGCGGCGGAUCUGCUGGCGCGCUUUGCCACGCUGCCGCCGGCGGCCGCUGAUGCGCGCAGGGACACCCGCCUGUCCGAGCUGGAGAUCAAGGCUGGCCUGCUGCAGGUGGCAGACGGGCUGCACUUCCUGCACACGGAGGCAAACCAGGUGCACAGGGCGCUGUGCCCGCACACAGUCUUCAUCACAAGUAUGGGCGCCUGGAAAUUGGGGGGCCUCUCACUGUCGAGCCCUGCAUUUAUCACGGUUGAGACCGUCGGAGUGAUCCCUGUGUCCUACAGGGACCCCUCCAUGGAGCGCUUCAUGCGUUACCAGCAGCCGCCCCUGGCAUAUGUUGCGCCGGAGCUUGCCAACGCUGACGGCCAGAACGCCGCAACCAGCAUCAGCACUGCUGCCGACAUCUUCUCACUGGCCGCGUUUGCAUACGAGGUGUUGGCGGGGAAGGCGCUGCUGCCGGUGCAGUUUGACCUGGACGACUACAACGGCCGCAUGGCAUCGCUGCACCAGGCGCCAAUGGAGGGCGCGCCCGUGUCACUGCGGCCCACCUUCCAGGCCAUGCUCGCGCAGAGCCCCUCCCUGCGGCCCCCCGCCAUCUCCUUCACUGCUGCCGGCUACUUCCAGGAGGACAUGCUGCUGAGGGCGGUGCGCUUCCUGGACACCAUGAUCCAGCGCGACAACCUGCAGAAGGCCGCAUUUCUGAAGGACAUGGGCUCAAUCUGGCCACGCGUGGAUGCGCGCGUGGUGAAGUUCCGCAUGCUGCCGCCGCUGCUGGCCGAGGCGCGCACCGAGGCGCUGCAGCCGGUGCUGCUGCCGCUGCUGCUAGCCAUGCUCGAGCAGCAGGCCACGCAGGACUUUGAGGAGGUCUUCUUCCCACAGAUGACCUCACUGUGCGGCUCCGCAAAGGGGGACGCCCUGCUGCUGCUGACGCGCAACGCUGACGUGUUUACAGCGCGGCUGCCGCGUGAUCCUGUCACCCGAGUCAUCCUGCCGCUGCUAUGCCGCGCCGCAGACCAGGGGGAGCCGAGGUGUCAGGAGGAGAUGCUGAAGCGCGUGCCCAAGGUGGCCGAGCGUGCGGAUCUGUCAGUGGUGGAGACAGAUCUGGUGCCGCGCAUCAACCAGCUCUGCCUGGCCACCACCAAUGCUGGCGUGCGCGUGGCGGCCCUCUCUGCGCUCGCAGCACUGGCCGCCCGGCUGCCCAAGGACCAUGCGCUGCGAUCCCUCUCCACUAUCCACAAGGUGACGGCGGUGGACCGCAGCCCAGGGACGGUAUCUGGCUGCCUGGUGCUGGGCAGCGCACUCGCGCACCAGUGGGGCGCUGAGCUGGCGGCCGAGAAGGUGCUGCCAGUGCUGACGCCACUGCUGACAUCACCCUCGCUCUCCCCCGGCCAUUUUGCCGCCGCGCUGCAGACGGUGAAACAGCUGCUGGACAGCAUCGAGGUUGCGCGCGCCGGAGACUUCGAAGACGCGCCGCCGGCCGCGCGCACGGCCCAAGCCUCCUCCACCUCAACCCCUGCCAGCUCCACAGCUGCGGCCGCCGGGGCCCGCCAGCCGGGCCCCGGCCAGCGCCGCACAUCCUCCUUCAGCAAUCCCGUGUCCGCGCCGAUGCGCGCCGGCAGCGGCGCAGCCAGUACCGGGCCCCCCGGCAAGCCCCCGGCAAUGGGCAGAACUGCCUCGUCCAAUGGGUCGCAGUCUGGAGAGUCCUCGUCUCUGCCGUCAUGGAUUGGAGCACCGGUGAAUGCACCUGCAGCACAGCUCAGCGCAGCGCAGAGACCUAUGCAGGCUGGGUCCGGGCAGCUGGCGGUGAAGCCUCCGGGAAGCUUCCCGGCAGCUGCCUCCUCGGCGGGCGGCAGCGGCGGCCUGGAGGGCUGGGCUUCUGGAGGGGCCUCGAUGGGCAGCAGGCCUGCUGCAGGCAGAAGCUCGCUGGGCAAUGGGACUGGCAGCGCAUUUGCUACUACUAUUGGAGACCCGCUGGACUGGAUGGGCUCUGGGAGCGUGGCCGGCGUGGCGUCGGCAGUGUCAAACGAUGACGACCUGUUCAAGGACCCGACCUGGAAAGACCCGCAGCUGGAGAUAGGCGGCCUGGCCAGCUUCACCCCUCAGAGCUCAGGGGGCCUGGGCUUUUCAGGGGCGGCGGCGCCGCUGUCUGCCGGGAGCGGGAACGCCGUUGCGCAGCUGGACGACUUCUUUGGCGCGCCGCAGCUGCGGCCGGCCGCUGCUCCGCUGGCGCCAAAAUUGGCGCCUCCGCCGCGCGGCCUGCAGCCAGUGCCAUUCACGCAGAAGCCCCCCUCGCAGCCCACGUCCCCGGCUAAUCAGGAGUCGCUCAUCUAG